ACAGUAACAAUAUGUUCCACCGCGGAGUGAAGAUCUUCUCCUCCGUGUCCUGCUCUUUCAAGCCUCGUCUCAUUGCUAACUGGGAGACCGAGCCGGUGGAGUUCCGUACGGUGCUGGACGACCGCAACCCCAGCGCUCGCUAUGUGACCGUGCCUCUGGGACGCCGUAAUGCCAAGGCCCUGCGCUGCCGCUUCCACUUCGCUGAUGUGUGGAUGAUGUUCAGCGAAAUCUCCUUCCAGUCAGACACCGUGAUUCCGACUCAGAUAACCCUGGCAGUGACAUCCCCUUGGCCCAAGGAGGAGAGCUCCAUACCCACCACCCACAAGACUGUGACAAACCCAUCAACCAAGGACCAACCGGAUGAUGGGAACACCCCUAUUCUGAUUGGCUGUCUGGUGACGAUCAUCCUGUUGCUCGUAGUGAUCAUCUUCCUGAUCUUGUGGUGCCAGUAUGUGUGCAAGGUGCUGGAGAAGGUAGGACAGACUAUAUUCUGGAUACCCACAUCUGUCAUAACCCUUAUUGACUAGCAGCUGGAACUGAGAAGGCAGAAGGGGAUUGUGUUCUCUGAAGUGAAGAGGAAAAUUCAGCAACUCUUAAGGGCCUGGAAAGUGUAAAUUGUUUUUAUUUCUCCUCGGAAAUCUAAAUAGCAUAAUGAAGCUGUCUGUUUUUUUGCAUGAGCUGUGUCUUAAUCUACCUCAUCCUUCGAUAUUCACCUUCCGCAUCUGCGGUGGAAG